GGUAGGUAGGUACUUUAAAGUUUAAAGUGGUUUAAACUCUGCUCACGUAAUAAAUGGCUCCAAUUAAAAGGCGUGGCACAAAAUUCUCCGAUUCUGAAGUACGGCUAUUGUCACAGAUAGUGAUCAAGUACCUUCCAAUUAUCGAAAAUAAAAGAACCGACAACGUUACCAACGGCGCUAAAGAAGAAGCCUGGAGCAAAAUUACAGCUUCUUUUAAUGCUGCAAAUAGCGGGCAUGAACGUCGAAUGGUCAAAACAUUAAAAUCAAAAUAUGAUAACAUUAAAAAAGGGUCAAGACAUUUUAAGCCAUCACGGCCUUUCGACUACAAACCUAACAUUGCUGACAUCAAGGAAAUAGAAAAUAAUUUGCUGGCUAUAUGCUCAAAUAAUUCGAAUAUAUUUUCUUUCGAUGCAAGUAACGACAGCGAUAGCUUUUCAAAUGUGCAACCCCCAAAUAGUGCUGAAAAUACAGCAUACAUCAAAAAUGAGCUUGUGGAGGAAGAAGUAUCUAUUGAACCCAGUGCCGAUGAAGAAGAAAUUUGUAAUAGUGAAAACUCAAUAGAAGAACCACAGAAUAAAUAUAAGACUUGGCCUUCCUUAGUAUCCGAAGCGCCACAGGCAUCACCAAAUAAAGCUAAUGAGACAGCAAAGCCAGAUCCGAUAAGCGAAGCCAAGUUAGAGUUAAUACGCCUGCAAAUAGAAAUAGCUAAGAAAGAGCAUUCCUUCAAAGAGAUGGAACACAAGCGAAAAAUGUUAUAUCUUUAUAAUGAAGAAGUAAGAAAGAAUCAAAUACAUCAAAAGAUGCUUCGCACAAUGCAGCAAGAUAUGAAGACAAGUUGACCCUUCCAAUUCAGAAGAAUUAGAUACAUCCACAACCUUGAAACAUUUGAACAAGUGCACCUAAAUAUAAUUAUAAUAAGAUGCUUCCUCACCGGGAGCAUUCGCUUGUAAUGUAACGUUACAGACUCGAUCAUUACAUCAGUGAGGUAAGAGAGCCGAGCAUUAUAAUGCGCACCUUGUAAUGAUACAAGUUGAAUAUUUAAUGUUACA